CUCCUAAUAUAGACCCAACUGCUUUAUAGGAUAAGGGUAACAAACUAAACAUUCACCCGCGUGUGCUGCUUCGAAACUUCUUCAUGGACACACAGAGUUAUGGAGCGUCUUUCACAGGUGUCGUCUUCAGAACUACAGAAGAAAGACGCUGAUGCCACAAUCUACAUGAAUUUCAUGAAAAGCCACUGCUGCUAUGAUGCCAUUCCAGUCAGCUGUAAACUGGUCAUAUUUGAUACCACAUUACAGGUGAAAACGGCCUUUUUUGCCCUUGUUGCAAAUGGCUUGAGGGCUGCGCUUCUGUGGGACAGCAAGUUGCAGAGAUUUGUUGGUAUGUUGACUAUUACAGAUUUUAUCCACAUCCUCCACUGCUAUUACAAGUCCCCUAUGGUCCAAAUGUAUGGGCUUGAGAGCCACAAGAUUGAAACUUGGAGAGGUGAUUCACUUCGAAAUGUCUACUUAAAGUAUCCCAAUCAACUCCUCAUUAGCAUUUCUCCAGAGGCCAGCCUCUUUGAUGCCAUCUAUUCCUUACUCAAAUACAAAAUCCACAGACUGCCUGUCAUUGACCCAGAGUCUGGGAAUGUCCUGCACAUCCUGACCCACAAAAGAAUCCUCAAGUUCCUCCAUAUAUUUGGGAAGAAGGUUCCCAAGCCUGCGUUCAUACACAAGCAGAUCCAGGAGUUGGGGAUAGGAACUUUUAAAAACAUUGCCACAGUCCAGCAAAGUGCAUCACUUUAUGAAGCCCUCUCCAUAUUUGUGGAGAGGCGAGUGUCAGCUCUCCCUGUAGUGGAUGAUCAAGGUAUACUUCUUACAGUAAGAACUUUAAUCUUCCGGUUCCUAUCAGCUUCAGCAUCCAACUUUUUUUCUUUCUCAACAGACAAAGUGGUGGCACUUUAUUCAAGGUUUGACGUCAUUAAUCUGGCAGCUCAGAAGACGUACAACAAUCUGGACAUCACCAUGCACGAAGCUGUUCGCAGGCGUUCCGGUUAUGUUGAGGGUGUGAUAAAGUGCCAUCCUGAUGAAACUUUUGAGACUAUUAUAGACCGAAUAGUCAAAGCUGAGGUCCAUCGGCUGGUCCUGGUGGACAAGGAUGAUGUGGUUAAAGGCAUCGUCUCUCUGUCUGACCUGCUGCAGGCCAUGGUCUUAGCCCCCGCAGGUAUUGACAUUCUUUCGUCCUAGCAUCAAACGACGGAGGUUCUCGUCACCUUCUUGACUGCCAGUGCAGGUUUCAGUCCUGGCUGUGCAACGAGGCAG